GUGACUGAGAAUGCCCGUGUUGUACUGACAUAAACUAUACGGGCUUAGCAGACAUGGAGGCCCGAUUAAUGACCGAGGCCCAUUCCGACACGUCUCGGCUCAGCUAACGUUGUGUUGGAGAAGAGUCCAGUCGUGUUUGGGGAUAUCAAAGAUACCAAUUGCUGUGUGAGGAAAAAAAACGUCGAGGGGGAAGAAAUAGAGGGAGAUCCAUUUCGGGUCUCUUGAUUCAACGCAGCAGCCAUUUUGUUGACAGUUCGUGUUUUUUUAUAACGUACACAGCGCUGCAUCUAUUUUAUUUAAAUCUAUCUGCUUCCUUAAAUAUUACUAGCCUCUUUGCUAUUGGAUUUGUCUUUACUCCUUCGAUAGAAGACUAUUCUAAGGCAUGUCUUAACUAGCUGACUUGCUAGCUUGUUAGCUAAAUGUAAUUGCAUCGUUAGCCGUCAUAGUUUAGCUUCAGCUACAAAGCUAGCACGAGUGGCUAAGCGAAAAUGACAGGUUAUUCAGUUAUUUGGUUUAGUUUGUUUUUCCUUAUUCGUGAACUUUAUGAAACAAAACGGAGACUAUCAAAUGAUGUAACACUGUCAGAUGGAUACAUUUCCCACAAGUACGGCCACGUUGCUAGAAAUCCAAGUUAUCAUAGCAAGGCAGCCAAGAUGAUGGCUUGCUAGUGAGCAUCAUUGAUACAAUGUAACAUAGGUUAUUAUUGGACGACCGAUAGAUAGCUUUUUACAACAUUUACAUCGUUCUCUUUGAAUGUAUACAUUGUAUCAAGUCACUACCGCACCGCAAUAUUUUGUUACCUCGUUCCAAAACAUUUUUUUUCUAGAAUUGGUAAUAAUGUAUAGUCUUUUGGCGUCUGUCUAAUAACUUUCUGUUUUUGAUUAUUUUUCUCUUGUAAGCAACAUUCUCAUGCGUUAGGACGUCGGUUGGGGUCACUGCUAAACUAUAACUACAAUAUUAGCUUGUUAGCUAUUUAGUAAUAGCAGUGCUAUUAUCAAGUAGAAACGUUCGCAGUUGAUGCAAAAGAGUUUGAAAUGGGUACAUGUCUGAAUUCAUAAUUGAUCCCCUAAAAUCGGAAUGGAGGUAUAAUUUUGACAUUUCUGACAUCUGCGUUUUUGACAAAUCAGCAGUUGGGAACAUAAAUACUGUGGCGACCAUGUUGAUACGCACGAAGGGAGGAUUUUGAUCCACAUAAUGUGAACACUGUUGUACUCCUACGGAGCUUGAAGGACGGAGAAAGAGGGCUGGGCAGCCAGGAAAGGAGCAAAGCCACCAAACAAGGAUUGCUUUUCAGCUUCCCCAAUAUCCCCUUUCCCCCUUCACCCCUAUCCCGUCUCCUUCUGCACCACGGCUUUUCCCUAGAAACUGUACCUGGCGUCCCAAACAUCCCUCCCUAAUCACCCCUCACCCCCUAAAUCUCUGAUGGAUCAGAGGACUCAGGGGGGGCCUGCUACUCCACCCCCCCUCCUCACCACUGCUCCCCCAGGAGAGCGAGAGAAGGAAGGAGGAGGUGGGAAGAAAGAUGAGGAGGAGGAGAAGAAGGAGGAGAGAGAGGGGUCGCAGAGGGACUCCUGUUCUGCUGCAGGUGGAGGAGGGGGCUCCGGUGAGCAGCAGCCACCACAGUUCUCUGUCAAAGAGACUAGCCUCCAUGAGGGCAAUGUCAAACUCAAGAUUGGCCUGCAGGCAAAACGCAUGAAGAAGCCGCCCAAGAUUCUGGAGAACUACGUGUGUCGGCCGGCCUUCAGGGCUACCGUGAGACCAAGCGGGCGCGGAGGUGGCCGGGGGAGCCGCGGAGGAGUCGGGACAGGCGACGGGGGCAACCAGACCCAGAGUCCUCCACACGGCAGGGAGAGAGAGCAGAGUCCUGGCAUGAACCGACCCAUCCCAUUGUCUUCAUCUCCCUCUGCUGCUGCCCCUACUCCUCCUCUACCUGUUCCUGCUCCCUCCACCACUUCACCCAGUCCAGUGAAUGGGAGUACUCCAGCUAAACGGGGUCUUCCAAAACUGGCCUGCAAGUCGGACAAAUCUGAGGCGAAGUCGGACGGGAAAUCCGCCGCCUCUACGGAGAGACCGCUGAAUCUUCAUCGUCCUUUGGCAGACGGCAAACGCCAUGCCUCUGGGAAGAAGACGCCCACGCCCCAAACCAAGUCUCCUACCUCCUCGCCCUCCCCUCCUGCGCCCCCAUCACCGGAACCCAGCGUGGAAGCCGCUACUAAACCUCCUGGGUACACUUACAGCAGUGAGGGUCUGAGGGAGAAGGACUGGGGUGUUUCUAGUUGGGGGGCUCCUACUGUCACUGAGAAACUUGCGCAACUCAUUGCCACCUGCCCUCCCUCAAAGUCCACCAAGGUGAAACCCCCCAAAACGACUUCGUCUCCCACCACCCACACCGCUUCUAACUUUAUGGCCCCCACCCCAAAGCAGCGAGACCGCGCUAUGGCCAACAGGGCGACCUAUUCUAGAGCGGUCCACCUAGCUCCACCCCCUCCCGUCUCGCGCCCUCCUGGCCGCCCCUAUGGCUCCCGGAACAAUAAAGACAAUGUUUUGGAGAAAUCAUCCACCCCGCCUGGGAAAGAGGAGGCAGAUGGGGCCAGCAAGUCUGGCAGCAGCAACAACAGCAACAGCAGUCGCAGCAGCAGCCCUACAUUAACUUACGGUGGCGGCAAUAACCGCCUGGCAACAAUUUCAAAGGACAACAACGACAGCAACAGUAAUGGCGCGAAGCCACUACAGUCACGUCUUACUCACUGCCCACCGCUUCACUCUGUCUCCUCCUCUUCCUCAUCACCACCUUGUUUGUCAUCCUGCUCCUCUUCAGAGAAGAGGACGGGGAGCGGGCCAAGUCGCCAGGGCUCCCCUGCCUCUCAAGGACACCACUCCCGAGACCGAGACAGUCCCUCCCAGGCAGAGGAGAGGGAGAGCAGUGAGAGAGAGCAGGAGCCUGACCGGGUCGGCCCCAGAGACUUAACCAAAUGCUCCCUUCCUUCAGCAUUAGGCAAGCAGGAGGCCAAGGACAAGGGGGCUAAUCAGUCACUCAGAGGGGAGAGAGGCAAGAGCUUGAGCCCCAGUAAACACAGUCCCAACCCCAUUAAAUGCAAUCCCAACCCAAAUAAACGCAGUCCCAUAAGGGAAAGAGAUGGUCACACCAGUGGUACCUCCAGUCCCCCGGAAUCUGUGAGACGGACUGCCUCGCCACCAGAGCCCGCCGGCAACCAUUCACCCCCUCCUCUCAGAGACGAGUCCCCUGGAGACGAGUCACCGGGUUCGCCCCCAGAGCAUGAGAACAAACCCCUGAAGAAGCGGCGAAGCAGAAAGCCCCGCUGGACCAGAGUAGUGAACCGGACACAGAGGGCGGGCCAGUACUGCCCCGUUGACCAGUGCGAAACCAUCAUGCCUUUAUCCUCCUCAGGCCUUGAUACUCCCCCACCCAUACGCAGGCCUGUAGGACGGCCUCCUAACCCCAAUAAGGUCAAGCCUCCUGCCAUGUCUCAACUCUUUCCUCAGCCAGCCAGGAAAAGAGGACGGCCCAAGUCUAAAAUGCCACGGCUGGAUGCCCCCACUCGGGGACGUCCCCCUCACAAGCUGGCCCCCUCUAAGGUAUUUUCUUUACACAGGUCAAAAGAGGAGCAGGACCCCCCUGUUCUCCACCCAGAGGUAGAUCUGAAUCCUCCCAAACCUAUGCCCAGGAAGCGGGGGCGACCCAAACGCCUGCCCCCGACCUUGCCGCAGGAGGGUCAGCCCCCCACUCUGGCGCCGGAAGCGGGGGAUGGGAAACAGUUCCGGACCAAGGGCAACGGGCAGCUCAUCAUGAAGACUAUCAUAGGCAAGAUCAAUAAGAUGAAGAGUGUCAAACGCAAACGGUUCCUUAGCCAGAUCCUAUUAGGACCAGGGUCCGGACCAGAGCAGGAGCCCCCCAGAGGAACUGCCAGUGGGGUGGUGGGCCAGGUAGCAGCUGCAACCCAGUCUCUAUCCUCCUUGGCUGCUUCUUUCGGAGGCAAACUGGGACCCCAGAUCAACGUUAGCAAAAAGGGGACGAUAUACAUGGGGAAAAGGAGAGGGCGCAAACCUAAAGCGCCAACAAAUCCCUCGUUGGCAGCUCCAACAUCACCCACUGAGGGGCCUUUCCUGUCCCCAAACACCACGUCGCCCCUCCACCACCAUCAGUCUCAGCUGCAGCACCAGCUCCCGUCUGCCGAGGUGUUCCCCUCCCCCUCGCUCUCCCAGUCCAGCGGAGGCCAGAGCCCCAUCAGUGACUCCUGCUUUGUGGCGCCAGGGGCAGUGCACUUCCUGACGCACCCGCACUUCCACAGCCACGGCCACCACUCAUUCCCCUUCCCUCCCCCAACGUUCUCAGCCCCCUCCCCUCGCACUCUGGGCCCUCUGGGCUCCUCGGCUGCCGUGGCCUCCCAGAAGAAGUCGUGCCGUGGCUACCAUCACCACCACCAUCAUUACAGGCAGCACUACCACUACCGUAAGCUAUCCCCUCCUAGGCCCCUCCACCCCACCUCCCCUGCACCUCUGAGUGAGCUGAAGGAAGCCACUCCCUCUCCUGUCAGUGAGUCUCACAGUGAGGAGACUGUACCCAGCGACAGCGGCAUAGGAACAGACAACAACAGCACUUCUGACCGGGGUGAGAAGACCGGUGGGGCAAGUGGCCUAGGUAGCGUGGGGAUACCACCUGGCAUGGCCAGUGGACUGCUAAUCCCAGGGGUGAUGGGCUCAGCCGUGGGGGUAGGGGUUGGAAUAAACCCUCGCGGUGGACUAAGACACUCGUCGUCAGUGCUGCUGGAGCACCCCUCACCCUCUCCGUCACCACUGGGGGCGAGGUCCUCACCAGACCCCCGCAGGCCCCUACUGGCGACCCCUCCCUCUGCACUAGUGGGCCACAAAGAGAAACACAAGCACAAAUGCAAGCGCCGGAGCCACGGCUGCCCGGGUUACGACAAGCUAAAGAGGCAGAAGCGCAAACGCAAGAAGAAGUACCUGCAGCUGCGCUCCCGGCGCCAGGACCCCGACUUCCUGGCAGAGCUGGAUGAGAUUGUGGUGAGGCUGAGUGAGAUCAGGAUAGCGCACCGCACCCCUGCGCUCAGGCUGGGCAGUGGCCUGGGGAUGCCCCCGGGAGCUGCGGGGGCGGGCAGAGUACCAGGGUCGGUAGGCAGGGCCACUGGGGCCAUAGGAGGCGCUGGCGGCCCCCCUCCGCAUCACUACCUGCACAGAGACCUGCUUCCAACCAUCUUCAGGAUAAACUUCAGCGGCUACUACUCUCCCCACCCCUCUUACCCCUGUGACUCUCUGCACUACGUCCGCAAGCCAGACCUGAAGAAGAAACGCGGGCGCCCUCCCAAGCUGCGGGAGUCCAUGUCAGACGUACCAUUCGUUCAUGGGCUGGGGUUCCCGCUAUCUAGCGGUGGGUUCUACCACCCAUCCUACAGUGUUCCAUACUCCUCUGGUCCCCUUGGUCUGGGCUACUACAGAGGAUACCCCCCAGCCAGUGCCCUGUACCCCCAUCACCAGAACUCCCACUCUGCUCCAUCCCACCACUCCCAUCACUCCCCCUCCUUCCCCCCACCACCUCCCCCGUCCUACGUGCACCACCACCACCCGUCACACCUCCUGCUCAACCCCUCCAAAUUUCACAAGAAGAAACACAAGCUGCUGAGACAGGAGUUCCUGGGUGGGGGCCGGUCUCCCGUGCUCUACCCGGCAAUGUCCUCAGAGCUGUCGUUCGGCUGGCAUCACAAACACAAACACAGACACAAACAUCAAGAGCGCUGCGCAGAGGACGACGGGGAAGAGGGAGGAGGAGAGAGCCGAGGCGGAGCCGAAAUUUCCGAGAGCCCGGGGUCAGGAAGGGGAGAACGCGGGGCCGGAAUGGCCGAAUCGCUGCAGCGCUGUCGCUUUGGAAGAGACUCCACCCCUACUACCACCAGUGCCAACAAACAAGCCACGGCCACCUCGGCCAACUCUCCUUCCUCGUCUUCCUCUUCCUCAGCCGAGAGGUACAAGCGCAAGGAGACAUCCCUGUCUUUCCUGGGGCCCUCUCGCCUGGCCCAGGGCAGUGCCAGGCCCAGGGGCCACCAACACGUCGAGUCCUGGUUCAGGAAGGGCAGCUCCGAGGCAGACUACGCUAAGCUCUCCCGGAACCCCGCAGCUGUCGGCCAGGGCCCGUUCACAGACGGUCAGGGAGAAGAUCCAGCUGGCUGUUCAGACAGCGAGGAGGAAGACGAGGAGCCCCUCACACCCACAGACGAGGCGGAUCCCAAGUCCCAGGACCCCCCGCACCACACCAACCUGUUCGCCACCGCCCUGACCCCUACCUUGCUGAGAGGAGGCCGAGUCAGGAAGGGAGGGCCGGCAGAGAGUUCUAACUUCACCCGGAUGGAGCGGAUGCUGAGAAAGGAGCACUCCACAUUAGCAGAGAGGAGAGAGAUGGGCUGUACAUCAAGUGUCCAGACCCGAGCCGACCACUCUACCCCUGAGGACCACCUCAGGCAGCACCACCACCACCCUCCUCUGUUCCACUCUUCCUCCUCCGCCUGCCUCUCUCACUGUGGCCACAACUCGCCGUCCCAGGGCUGCUGCCUGGACGAUGAUGCCUCCCCGCCACACCACUCCCACCGGGCCCAGCCCUCUAAACACAGCCUGCACCAUGUCAACAAGAUCCUCCGUGCAAAGAAGCUUCAGAGACAGGCGAGGACAGGCAACAACAUGGUCAAGAAGAGAGGCCCCGGGCGCCCCAGGAAGCAUCCCUUGCCUUCCCCGCCCCCGUCGCCGUCGCCGCCCCCUCUGGCCGAAGUGACCCAGACCAGGCACCGGGAACGUGGAGGAGGAGCGUGGAAGGGGGACACUGUGACGGACGCGAUCGAGUCGGUGGUCCAGGGCCAGUUCAGGAAAGGCCAGAAGAGGAAGCACUGGGAGAGAGAUAGGGAGGAGGAGGAGGAGGAAGGGGGGGAGGUGGAGGAACGAGCUCUGGACAGGGAGGAGAACCUGGGUGGCUUGGGGAUGAGGGCCAGUGCUGAGGGAGGAAGUGGUUGGCUCACCCAAGAGGAGCUGCACCGCUUUCGCAGUGCUCUGGAGGGGAAACCAGAUGGCCCCUCCUCCCCGGAAUGUCCGGGCACAGUCUCCAUAGAACAAGCUCCACCCAUGCCUAUAACCAGCCAACGGGAAAAGAGAGCAGCCAGGCCUCCAAAGAAGAAGUUCCAAAAGGCGGGGCUCUACUCUGAUGUGUACAAGACGGCAGAUCCUCGUAGUCAGCUCCUGCAGAUGAAGAAAGAGAAACUGGAGUACACACCUGGGGAACACGAGUAUGGGCUUUUUCCUGCCCCUAUCCAUGUCGGAAAGUACCUAAGACAGAAGCGCAUUGAUUUCCAGUUGCCUUACGACAUCUUGUGGCUGUGGAAACAUGACCAGCUCUACGAGAAGCCCGAUGUCCCCCUUUAUAAAAAGAUCAGAUCAAACGUCUAUGUGGAUGUGAAGCCUGUCUCGGGUUAUGAAGCCACCACCUGUAACUGCAGGCCUUCCGGGGAAGCCAUCGACAGAGGCUGCCUUGACGAAUGCCUCAACAGGAUGAGCUUUGCCGAGUGCUCCCCCGGCACUUGUCCGUGCGGGGAGCAGUGUGACAACCAGCACAUCCAGAGGCAUGAGUGGGUGCAGUGCCUGGAGCGCUUCCGUGCCGAGGGCAAGGGCUGGGGCAUCCGCACCAAGGAGCCCCUCCGCUCAAGCCAGUUCAUCAUCGAGUACCUGGGAGAGGUCGUCAGCGAGCACGAGUUCAGAAGUCGCAUGAUGGAGCAGUACUUCUCCCACAGCGGCCAAUACUGUCUGAACCUGGACAGCGGCAUGGUGAUCGACAGCUACCGGAUGGGCAACGAGGCCCGCUUCAUCAACCACAGCUGUGAACCCAACUGUGAGAUGCAGAAGUGGUCGGUGAAUGGAGUGUACAGGAUCGGCCUCUUUGCCCUCAAGGACAUGAGCAGUGGCACGGAACUCACCUACGACUACAACUUCCACUCCUUCAACACCGAAGAGCAGCAAGUGUGUAAAUGUGGCUCAGAAGGCUGCCGGGGCAUCAUCGGAGGGAAAAGCCAGCGAAUCAACGGGAUGCCUGGAAAGACAGGCGGGGCACGGCGGCUGGGUCGACUCAAGGAGAAACGCAAGUCCAAGCACCAGCUGAAAAAACGAGUGCGUGAGGAGGAUUCAAGUGACAGCAGCAAGUUUUAUCCCCACCUUCUUAUGAAACCCAUGUCCAACAGAGAGAGGAACUUUGUGCUGAAGCACUGUGUGUUCCUACUGAGGAACUGGGAGAAGAUGAGGGAGAAGCAGGAGCUGUUGAAGAGGGAGGGCGAGAGGGAGGCCAGUGGCGGCCUGUCCAUCUACACACGCUGGGGAGGAGUCAUCCGCGACGAUGGAAACAUCAAGUCAGACGUGUUCCUGACACAGUUCUCGGCGCUGCAGACGUCCCGGUCGGUGCGCACGCGGAGGCUGGCGGCAGCCGAGGAGAACACGGAGGUCACCCGCACCGCCCGCCUGGCGCACAUCUUCAAGGAGAUCUGUGACAUGAUCACCAGCUACAAGGACUCAGCUGGUCAGACCCUUGCUGCUCCACUGGUAAACCUACCCUCAAGAAAGCGGAACACGCAGUACUAUGAGAAGGUGUCAGACCCGCUGGACCUGAGUACCAUUGAGAAGCAAAUCACCACAGGGCACUACAAGACCGUGGAGGCAUUUGACACUGACAUGCUCAAAGUGUUCCGCAACGCAGAGCAGAAAUACUACGGGCGGAAGUCGUCAGUAGGGAGGGACGUGUGCCGGCUGAGGAAGGCCUACUACGGCGCGCGCCACGAAGCCGCUGUCCAGAUUGACGAAAUCGUCGGAGAAACAGCCAGCGAAGCGGACAGUUCAGAUUCGCUGGAGCGAGACCACGCCCAUCAUCACCACCACCACGGAGGGGGCUGGCCGGGCUCUCACGACAAGGACGAUGACAUCAUCCGCUGCAUCUGCGGCAUGUACAAGGACGAGGGCCUGAUGAUCCAGUGUGAGAAGUGCAUGGUGUGGCAGCACUUCGACUGCAUGCGGCUGGAGGCGGAGGUGGAACACUACCUGUGUGAGCAGUGCGACCCCCGACCUGUGGACAGGGAGGUGCCAAUGCUGCCCCAGCCCAGCUACGCCCAGUCUGGCUCAAUCUACUACAUUUGUCUGCUGCGAGACGAACUGCUGCUGCACCAAGGUGACUGUGUGUACCUGAUGAGGGACAGCAGACGCACCCCAGAGGGCCAGCCAGUCAGGCAGUCCUACCGUCUCCUGUCCCAUGUCAACAGAGACAAGCUAGACAUCUUCCGCAUCGAGAAACUCUGGAAGAGUGAAAAGGGUGAGAGGUUUGCCUUUGGCCAUCAUUACUUCAGGCCCCACGAGACGCACCACUCGCCCUCGCGCCGCUUCUACCACAACGAGCUGUUCCGUGUGCCACUCUACGAGAUCAUCCCUCUGGAGGCCGUGGUCGGGACCUGCUGCGUCCUUGAUCUCUACACCUACUGCAAAGGACGGCCGAAAGGAGUGAAGGAGCAGGACGUGUACAUCUGCGACUACCGCCUGGACAAGUCGGCGCACCUCUUCUACAAGAUCCACCGCAACCGCUUCCCCGUGUGCACUAAGCCCUACGCCUUCAACCACUUCCCCAAGAGGCUGGCCCCCAAGAGAGACUUCUCACCGCACUACGUUCCUGACAACUACAAGAGGAACGGGGGGCGUUCAGCCUGGAAGAGCGAGCGGCCCAAAGGAGUUGGAGGGGCCUGUGAGGACGACGCUUCCCCAUGCGACCAGGGUGACGACUUCCGUCCGGAGAGUGACAACCGAAGAGUGGUGGAGGGGGACAUGGACACUGCCCAUGAAGAACCCACAGUCCCUACCGCUGCCCAACCCACGCGACCAGAUGGGCCAAGGGAUGGAGAAGAGGAGGAGGCCGGGCAGGAGGUAGAGGAGCAUAGGGAGCUGGAGGAAGGUACGGCAGAGAGAGGAGUUGACGUGCUGGAGCUCCUCCCCUCCAUGUCUUCCUCACCCCUCCAUCACUCCGGACUGGGCAGGAGGGAGGCGCAAAGGGAUCGGCUAAACAAGAUUCUGCUGGAUCUGCUACACAGAACACCCAAUAAGAACGCCAUAGAUGUCACUUAUCUUCUAGAGGAGGGGUCAGGACGGCGAUUACGUAGACGGACACUUGGAUUCGGAGACUUUGUGGGUAAAAAAUGAUGUUGCCACUUACCUGGCAAGCACAUUCCCCUUUCAUUUACUUGGGAGAGGUGGGGGGAAAAUGGAAAGAGGGAAGACGACAUUUACAAAGAGAAGGUCACCACAAAGUGAAAAGGUUGGUCCCCUUCUCUGGUACCCCUUCAGGUGGUGUCCCCUCUUCCCCAACCUUUCAUCUCAAGUGAUGAAACAACUCAACAUAUAAAUGGUUUGAAGCAGUGCACUCAGCAGUCGUGAUCAUUGAUAACUGUUUUGUAGGGGACCCAAGGACUUCUCAGGAGGGUGGACCCAGACUUAUUGAAGUACGAUGCAAAUGCAUAUUUUAUUUUUAAUUUUUUUACAUAGGAAAAUGUACCCCAUGCACUUAAAAAUGCGCAUUGAACAUAUAUUCAUCAAAGACAGCCCUGUUACUUGGGACAGAGAGACAAUUACAUAGGUGUCACACUAUCCAUACAUGGCUCAUCAGUGCAACCUUGAGUCAAUUAUUUUUGAUGAGCAAAAUAAAGGAACAAAGUGGUACUGAACAUGGCUGUGGCAUGCAGCCACAGACUCCUAUUGACUUCGAUUUUUUAAACAUCAAAUGGGAAUGAGAACACUGGAGACUGGCGCACCCUAGUGGGACUAAGUGGUGAUGACAAACUAAACGUAGGGUUAAUGUACCAGGACUAUCCUCAGAGGCUAUGCAGUGUACAGUAAGCAUACACUGUUGACGAUGAACUAGGAGAGAAGCAGCAGGAACGAGGUUGGUCAACUGCACUUUGGUACCAUGGAUAUUGUUGGCGCUCUAUAAUGUAUCAACGAGACACACUAACACACAGUAUUGGAUGAUCCAGUCUGAAAAGCAACUUAAUAAGUAUAUUAUCUUAUAUAUAUAUAUAUAUAUAUAUAUAUAUAUAUAUAUAUAUAUAUAGGAACAGAGAAGGAAGGACGGGAGAAUGGCUGGUGGUCUUUGGGAAGAUGGAGUGUGCGCUUUUGGUCAGUCAAGUGUCUUGUUUGGUUUGUGAGGCAGUCCACUUCACCCCUCUUUCUGAAGUACCUGAUUCACCAGCUUAACUAAGUCAGGUGGCGGAACACUGGCUCUUACUGUAACGCCUUAGAGCGCCGUGAUCCCUGACUGCCUUGCGUGAGUGUGUAUGUGUAUGCACAUUUAUGUGUCAGUAAUCUGCCAGAAUUCUUGAAGAAAAAAAGAAAAAAAUUAAGGGCUUGAUGGCAAUUAACAUUUUAUGGGAAAUUAUGAAAACAUAAAAUGUAUCGUGAUGGUCAUAUUUUCAUAUAUUCUGUGAGGGGUAUUUGUUGGGAGGGAGGAAUUCUAGCUGUACAUUUUAUUCUUCAAAUGUGUUCUGGUUGCCAUGGAGAAUACUUUUAAAUAAUUUGUGUGAUUUGAUGAGAUUUCUUUUUUCCAAACACUUCUGUUUAAAAUGGGACUUUGACCGAAAUGUCCUAUCAAGAUGGACUGACAGACCGAGAGAGUAAAGAAACUGACAGAAAGAGGACAGAAAGUUGUACAGUGCCAAGUUAUGUAUAUACAGACUGGGAUUAUGUGAGAAGUGUCUCCAAAAGCAAUAUCUUGAUAACAGAUUUUGUGUAUUAUUGUAUUGUACAGAACUCAGACCCAUAUGUAUUAUUAUAAUGAUUGUCUGCCAUUUGUAUUACUAUAAUCGAGACACUUAAGCUUGAAGGAGAAAGAAGAGGUGUUUUUGUCCAGUAAAAUGUACCACAACUGUCCUAAACGAAUGACAUAAGAAUUUUAACUGAAUUUUUGUUCCCUAAAAAUGAAAUUCAUCUAUGUACUGCAUGAGUGAGAAGAAUGUCAAACGAACUUCAUAAAAGGCAUUGGGACAUAAGUGACUCUGAAAUUACAUCUGUCGCUGUAAUAAUUAAUAUCAAUAAUUUUACUUUUGAGGAGAAAAUAUGCUCCUUGUUUUUGCUGCAAAGUGUUGAACACUAAAAAAACAAACCAACAUAAAAAUGUUAUGAUAUUAUGAAAGAUGACAGAAACAAAAGUAUAACUGUCAGCUAAAUAUGUUCUUCCUUUUUGGUUCUGUUUUUGUGAUAGCAGUCAUAAAUAUGAUGCUUGUGCUUGUAGGCUAUUUGUGUGUUUUGUGUGAUUUGUUUAGUUAUUUUUAGACAAUCACAAAAUAAGAUGCAAGCAUUGUAAAUGGGCAGACUGGCAGACAUUUUGUGAUGUGUACAGUUUGUCAACUUCUUCCACUCGUUAAAAGUUUGUAAUUAUGAUUCUAAAGUCAAGAAAAUGCUGUUGGUUUUUACUUUUUGUUUUAUAUUCUAUUUGGGUUUUUUUUGUUUGUUUUUUAAAUAAAAAGCACUACAUUAUUGUGAA